GAACUCACUACUUCUAUUAUUCUUAUACAACUUUAUAAUCUUUGCGUAUUCAAAAUGAAAUUUGUCACUACUAUGACUGUUAUGGCCACUAUGGCUAUUGCCAUGCCUACUCAGACUGAAAACAACAACAGUCAGCACUCCGGCGGUGACUGUAGUAUCACGGGCAACAACUCCGGCUCGGUUCAUUGCUGCGAGAGUGGAGGUAUUCUGAGUGGAUUAUUCUGCAAUGUGCUGGCUAUAGGAGAGACUUGCGAUGUCGGCCAGCACGUUUAUUGCUGCAACAACCAGUCGGGCGGCUUGAUUAACCUCAAUCUUCUCAACUGUGUCAACCUUUAGAUAUGCGAAAUAAAACUGGUGUUAUCAAGGGCGAUCCUGUCCGGGUACAUUCAAGAACUAAGAAUAAUACUUUAGAUAAAGUAAAAUUGUCUAAAAUAGAACCUUUAACACCAAGAGCUUUUUCGUUAUCAGUAGUUUGCUGUAUAGUGUAUCCCUAGGUGGUGCUCUGGUGGUCUCAAGACCGUAUCUCCGCAUCCAACCUGAAAAGACAACGUAUCGGAAAACGCAUCAAUUUAUGCCUUGUACGCCUUGUAUGAUGUAGAGCUUCCGUAACUGUUUAGAUCUCCAGUAUUCUAUUCGUUAUAUUAUAGUAGGCCACAUCCCGUUAGCUGAAUCAUAAAGCCGGGUUUCGU